ACUCGUUACAUUCGAAAAAGAAAAAAAACAUACUUUGUUCAUUCCUCUCUCUCCUGUCCUCCAUCUCUCCCUUCUUUUUCUUUUGACCUUUUUGUAAUUUUUAUUUCUAAUUAUUUCAUUUUCUCAAAAUUCUCCUCUUCCUAUUUUAUACUAAUUGAAUAUAUAUACACAAAUAUAAAAAUAUAUAUAUAUAUAUUGUAGUUCAGAUUAUUGAUAUAUCUAGGGUUAGGUUUGUUGAUCGAUCUGUUGUUUGAUAUGGGUGCUGAGGGCGAGUCAACCCAGUCGGCCACAAGUGUUGUUGGCGGUGAAGAAGUUACCGUUAACAUUAGAUGUUCCAAUGGUUCCAAAUUCUCUGUACGGACGAGUCUUGGAUCGACCGUUGGGGCGUUUAAAUCUAUUCUGGCCCAGAACUGUGACGUUCCGUCUGAUCAGCAGAGGCUGAUUUACAAGGGUCGGAUCUUGAAGGAUGACCAAACCCUAGAUAGCUAUGGUUUACAGGCAGAUCAUACGGUUCACAUGGUGCGUGGUUCCGCCCCUGCUGCAUCGACACCCACUGCUGGCGGAACCAAUUCUGGAAUUCCUAAUACAACCCCAGGUGUUGUACAGGGUGUUGGUUCCAACCAAGUUGGGAGCGUUGGAGGUGCUGGUCUUGGAGCAUCUCUAUUUCCUGGACUUGGUUUCAAUCCGCUAGGUGGCACUGGAGAAUCUGGUUUACUUGGAGCUGGACUUCCGGAAUUUGAACAGGUGCAGCAACAGCUGACUCGGAACCCCAAUAUGAUGAGAGAAAUUAUGAACAUGCCGGCCAUUCAGAGCCUAAUGAAUAACCCUGACCUACUGCGUAGCUUGAUAAUGAACAAUCCUCAGAUGCGCGAGAUCAUUGACCGGAACCCUGAGCUUGCUCAUAUUCUUAAUGAUCCUGGUAUCCUCCGACAGACAUUAGAAGCUGCUAGGAAUCCUGAGCUCAUGCGUGAAAUGAUGCGAAACACUGACCGGGCAAUGAGUAACAUUGAAGCUUCUCCUGAGGGAUUCAACAUGCUCAGACGAAUGUAUGAAAAUGUUCAGGAACCUUUUCUGAAUGCUACAACAAUGGCGGGAGGCACUGGAAAUGAUUUAGGCUCAAAUCCAUUCGCGGCCCUUUUGGGCAACCAAGGUGGUGGUGGGGCCCAAACAAGGGUUGGGUCUAACGACCCAAGUCCUGGGUUUGGAGCAGCUGCAGGGCCUACUGCUGUUCCAAAUACUAACCCACUUCCUAAUCCUUGGGGUGGUAAUGGUGGUUCUCAAGCAAAUACUACUACAAGGUCUAAUCCUAGUGGGGAUACAAGGGCUCCAGGUAUUGGUGGAUUAGGAGGGCUUGGUCAAAUCCCAGAGUUGGAACACAUGUUUAAUGGCAUGCCUGAUCCCUCUGCAAUGAAUCAGCUUUUGCAAAAUCCAGCUGUGUCCCAGAUGAUGCAAAGCCUGCUUUCCAACCCCCAAUACAUGAAUCAGUUUCUUGGCACUAAUCCACAACUCCGUGCUAUGUUCGAUUUGAACCCUCAAUUAAGAGAAAUGAUGCAGAACCCAGAAAUUCUUCGUCAGUUAAGCUCUCCUGAAACAAUGCAGCAAAUGUUGGCUUUACAGCAAUCUCUUUCAUCCCAAGUUAAUCGGCAGCAAUCAACUCGGGAACCAGAUCAGACUGGCAGGACUACAGGAGCACAAAGCAAUUUGGGGUUGGACUUGAUGAUGAACAUGUUUGGUGGACUUGGGGGUAGUGGCUUGGCUGUUCCAAACACCCCAGAUGUACCUCCUGAACAAUUUUACUCAACUCAACUGUCACAGCUUCAAGAAAUGGGUUUCAUCGAUACCCAAGAGAAUAUCAGGGCACUUCGUGCCACAUCCGGGAAUGUUCAUGCUGCUGUGGAGCGACUUUUGGGGAAUCUCGGUCAGUAAUUUGUUACACCUUCGUAUUUAGGGGGGCCUGAUGUGUGCGUGUAAACUUUGAAGUAGUUUUUUAAUGAUGGCACUUCCAAUUCCAUUUUGGGGGUGUGAAUAAGAAAGUACGCACUGUGAUAGCGAGAGCUGUGAAUUGGUGGAUAGAGGCUUUUGCAUUGCGAGACUGUUAGACCCUCGGCUCCCCUUCCCUUUUUUUUUUUUUUUUUUUGUCUCCCCUCCACGGGACAAUGUACAUACACAUUCAAGUAUAUUUGGGUGAAAUAUUUGCUAAAUUUAUGGUUCUUCAGGACAAUGUUGGCAUUGUUACUGUCAGAUUCCGUUUGUAUGUCUGACUUGAAUUAUACUUCAGGUGUUGAACAACUUCUCUGUUAGAAAUACAUGUGCUUAAACAUGCAAUUUUUCUCA